AUGGAGAGGAAAGGUAACAUCCUGAUGAAAAAGUACGAGAUCGGGAGGCUCCUUGGGCAGGGCACGUUCGCCAAGGUCCACCACGCGCGCGACCUCAACACGGGCCACAGCGUGGCCAUCAAGAUCAUCGACAAGGAAAAAAUCUCCCGUGUCGGCCUCAUGGAGCAGAUCAAGCGCGAGAUAUCCGUCAUGCGUCUCGUGCGCCACCCGAACGUCGUCCAGCUGUACGAAGUCAUGGCCAGUCGGUCAAAAAUCUACUUCGCCAUGGAAUACGUCCGCGGAGGAGAACUCUUCAACAAGGUGGCCAAGGGCCGUCUAAAAGAAGACGCCGCCCGCCGCUACUUCCAGCAGCUCGUGGCCGCCGUUGAUUACUGCCACAGCCGCGGCGCGUACCACCGCGACCUCAAGCCCGAGAAUCUCCUCCUCGACGAGUCGGGGAAUCUCAAGGUUUCCGACUUCGGGCUCUCGGCCCUCCACGACUCCAAGCGCCAAGACGGGCUCCUCCACACCACGUGCGGGACCCCCGCCUACGUGGCGCCCGAGUGGAUCCCGCCAGAGGUCCGGAAGCUUCUGUCGAGGAUUCUUGAUCCGAAUCCCGCCACGCGGGCGACGCUACCAAGGAUCAUGGCGAAUUCGUGGUUUCGGAAGGGUUUCAGGAGGAUCGAGUACGACUCUGAGGAUGAGGAGGAGAUUUCGCCGAGGAGUGUGCUCGAGAUAGACGAGUCGGAUGGGGAAGAGCAUUCGCGGAGGAUGAAUGCGUUUGAUAUAAUAUCGCUUUCGGAAGGGUUCGAUUUGUCGGGGAUUUUGGGGAGGGGAGAGGGGAGAGUGUGGUUCGCGACGAGGAGGCCGGCGGAGGCGGUGGUGGAGAAGUUGGAGGAGUUGGCGGAGAGGGUGAGGUUUAGGGUGAAGAGGAAGAGAGAAGGGUUGGUGAAGAUGCAGGGGAGUAGAGAGGGAAGGAAAGGACAGCUGGCGAUUGAUGCGGAGAUUUUUGAGGUGGCGCCGUCUUUGCACGUGGUGGAGGUGAAGAAGACGGCGGGGGACACGUUGGAGUAUGUUAAGUUUCGGGAACAGGAGAUGAAGCCUUCGCUAAAGGACGUGGUGUGGAGCUGGCAGGGAGGGGAGCAGCAGCCUGGGCAAGAAUCACGUGCUGAUGAUUGUUGA